AUGUCGACUAUUGAAAUGAGAGUUCACAUGGAUUGUGUGGGAUGCGAGAGUAGAGUUAAAACUACCCUUCAAAAGAUGAGAGGAGUGGAUGAGGUUGAAAUCGACAUGGUGCAACAGAAAGUGACGGUGACUGGCUACGCGGAUCAGAAGAAAGUUUUGAAGAAAGUUAGAAAAACCGGUCGGCGAGCUGAGCUGUGGCAGCUUCCUUAUAACCCUGACCACAGCUCUCUCCUCGGCGGCGGAAGCAACAGCAACAAUGGUGGUUAUUUCUACAACCCUCAUGGCUGCAACGGCCCAAUCAACCACCACGGGCCGGUUCUAGCAUCUUCUUACAAUUAUUACAAGCAUGGUUACGAUAGCAAUGACUAUUCGUCUUACCAGCAACAUCCUGUUCAUGCCUCUAUUUUCAGCCACCAAACUGGUUCUAAGUUUAGUGAUGAGAAUCCUAAUGCUUGUUCUAUUAUGUGA